UCUACGUAACAUACUUCUAUGUGGGACGGUCUAAACUUGCAGUUAGACAGGUUUUAGUUAGCCACUGUCGCUCUACCGGCUUACAGACAGAUUAAAUCGCUUUGUCGGCGGAAUGUUGAUGCAGUAUAGAAAGAUAAUUUAUCUAACCCCUUUCAUUUAGUUCGUCUCAGUUCCUAUUGCUGCCAUUGGUUUGGACUUAAAUUACCCAAGAGUUGCCUCAACCUGUUAUCGAAGAGCUAAGCUAGCCGUCGUCACCGCCGCUCUGUUGACUGUUAGCUGCUGCUUGUGAACAGCGGGCAGUUUCUCCCCUCUGCUGCGCAUUAUUGCAAAGGCGUCGACAUGCUGCAGUAGUUGAACUACGGAUUGCCGGAGUUCACGAUGGGCGCGUCGUUGCCCCAUCAAUCUCGCAACGAGAAUGUCGGCGCAUCAGAUACCAACAGCACCUCCAACAAGGACUACUGCUACUCGGCUCGGAUCCGCAGUACGGUCCUCCAAGGAUUACCCUUUGGUGGCGUGCCCACUGUCCUCGCCCUCGACUUUAUGUGCUUUCUGAUGCUGCUGGUCGUGUUUUCCGUGCUGAGGAAACGAGCAUGGGACUACGGGCGCCUCGCCCUGGUGACCGACGCCGACAGAUUGAAGGAUCAGCGGUAUAGCCGUCUGGAUGAUCAGGAAUAUGUGUCCUCCGCUGUGCCGUCGGAAACGAACGAACGCUAUGCACGCCUGGCGUCGGUCUCAAGCUCAGUGGACAUAGACCAGAGGGACACCGGCUUUUGCAACUGGCUCACUGCCGUCUUCCGCAUCAAGGAAGACGAAAUAAGGGAGAAGUGCGGCGAAGAUGCGGUGCAUUACUUGUCCUUUCAGCGGCACAUCAUUGGCCUGCUGGUUGUGGUGGGCGUGCUCUCUGUGGGCAUAAUCCUGCCCGUCAACUUCUCAGGGAACCUUUUAGAAAACAAACCAUAUGAUUUUGGGCGAACCACUAUAGGAAAUCUAAACUCAGAGGAUCCACUACUAUGGCUGCACACUACCUUUGCAUUACUCUACCUGUUACUAACCGUGUACAGCAUGAGGCGGCACACCUCAAAGAUGCGCUACAAGGAGGAUGAUUUGGGCGUCGACAUGCUGCAGUAG